AUGUUUUCCCGCCAGAACGAGCUCGCAAAGCCGUUCGACACCUCCAAGGAUUCGUUCCAGGAGGAGGACUACUACAAUUUCGCCCAUGUGGACUCGCCUGUCCAGCUGGCUGGACCAACUGCCCUGCACUACAACGACCUGGAUGCCCUCGUCUACGACGACACUGCCGACAACGGCGACUCCAGGAGGUACAAGGUGGGCUCGCGAGUGUUUCUAGGCACCUCGGUGGUGCUGGCCAUGCUCAUCUUGGGGUGUGAGAUCUACGUGUAUGUUGCUAUCAACGUACACAAGAAGGCCAUCAAGUCCCAGCAGCGGUUUGCAGAAAUCUCCAUCUACUUGGCACUUUUCAUCUUUGCUGCAGUGUACCAGCUCUUGUUGACGGUAGUAGGGCUCCGCACCAAGAACAUGAUCUUGUUGGCCAUGUUGUGCUUGUUUUACGCGUGCAUGUUGGUGUACACAGGUAUCCAGUAUGAGGAAGUCACCAACGCCAUUUCGGCCGGAACUGGGUGGCACCGUGCCACUGCAGCCACCAACAUUACCACCAUCGUCAUCUUGGGAGUCACGUUGUUGGCCCAGCUGGCUAUGCUUUGGGGUCUCCGUAAACAGGUCAAGUGGGUCCGCUUCAAGAAGAUCGGAGCUGAUUUCUCAAUCAGGCGCAUGUACACCGUGUUCCAAUUGCACAGGUGCUUGCUAAUCUUUGAUUUCUUCUUCUUCCUUGGCUUCACCGUGCAGUUCAUCGUCAUCAUGGUCAACAACCGUUCAUCCACCGAGUUUAUCCUCACGGUGGUGGUGCUUCCAUUGACGGUGCUCAUCUUGCUCGUGGCUGACAUUGCGGCCACCCGUGAGAUCAAGUCCUUGACGUGUGUUACAGUGGUCGCUUUUGGAGGCGGAAUUGCCUACGUCUUGUUCAAGAUGAUCCGGUUGUACACCAAGUAUACCUCUGCCUACGAUGUGGCAGUGAAACCGGGAGCGUACUUCCCAGGAAGAAAGUCCAUGAUCACUUUUGGAGCGAUCACCUUGGCGUUGCUAUUCACCACCCUCGUGUUCGAAGUCAUGGUCCUCUUGAACUACGACCACGGGCUCCUUCCAUUAGUGAGCACCUAUUACGGUAAGCUUCCGGGGCACCGCAAAGGCAAGGCUGCCAGCAAGGCUGCCAUCAGCAUGGAGUCGCUUCCAAGGCAAGAUGACGACUCGUUUAUCGAUUAG